AUGGCGACUAAAAUAAGCAGAGACGCGGCUCCUCCGUUUGAAUGCCCUUCAUGGGCAGGUAAACCACCGCCAGGGCUCCAUCUAGAUGUGAUGAAAGGAGAUAAACUUAUAGAGAAACUGAUUAUAGAUGAGAAGAAGUACUAUCUGUUUGGAAGGAACCCAGACUGGUGUGACUUUACCAUUGACCAUCAGUCAUGUUCCCGCGCCCAUGCUGCCCUGGUCUACCACAAACAUCUGAAGAGGGUGUUUCUCAUAGACCUCAACAGUACUCACGGCACGUUCCUGGGACACAUCCGCCUGGAGGCCCACAAACCUCAGCAAGUACCCAUAGAUUCCACCCUAUCUUUUGGUGCUUCAACAAGGACUUACACAAUCAGAGAGAAGCCCCAGACCCAAGGCACAGCUGGAACAGGAGACAGUAAGACAGGAGAGGAUGAGGAGCUGAAAGGACUGCUUGGACUACCAGAGGAAGAGACUGAGUUGGAGAACCUGACAGAGUUCAACACAGCUCAUAAUAAGCGCAUCUCCCUUCUGACUAUUGAAGAGGGCAACCUUGAGAUCCAAAGACCUAAGAGGAAGAGGAGAAACUCAAGGGUCACCUUUAGUGAAGAGGAUGACAUCAUCAACCCAGAGGAUGUGGAUCCUUCAGUGGGCCGUUUCAGGAACAUGGUGCAGACAGCGGUUGUACCCAUCAAGAAACGAAGAGUGGAGGGCCAAAACACUCUGGGGCUUGAGGACCUGACUUCAAAACGCAUCCAUAACUACACCUUUAGUGGUGGUCUGUAUGGGGACUUGCCUCCCACCAGCCACGAGAACCAGCCUACAGGAGCCCCGGGAGGGGCAGCCAUCGUCGGUGGGCUCCCUUUGCCCUUCCCCAACCUAGCCCCAGAAGUGGACCUGGCCCCAGAAGCCCCCCAACGGCCUGUCACCCUCAACCCUACACCAGUCACAGGCCCUUACCUACCCGACACCUACAACGAACCGCGCAAGAAGAAGUACGCCAAAGAGGCGUGGCCAGGAAAGAAGCCUACCCCCUCCCUACUCAUCUGAGCCCCUCCUCAAAGCAACAGACUCUCAGGUUACCAGCAGAGACAUCAGGGACUGUGACCUGGCAGGUUUUUUUUUCUUUUUCUUUUUACUCCCUAUGUCACUCCGUGGUCAUCACAGAAACUGUUCACAAGGCAUCUCACCGAUAUUCAUGAAGCUUGUCACAAACUCUAGUUAACAGCUUUGUGUCAGUUUUUAUGGCAAAACAAGUUAUCGGAAAUUCUCAAGAUUUGGGCUUGGAACGUUUGUGUCCCAGAGUGUUGGUUUGGUCUGUCUGUUUCAGAAAACACAAACAUGGUUGGUCAUUAAGUUGUGCUUUUUGGUAUUUUGGAUGGCAAUGUAGGUUUUGUAUUUUUUUGUUACUAAACAAAUGUUUUAACUUUUUCCUCUUUUUCCACUUACUACUUUAUUCAUAAUUAUCCUGAUAAUACUGUAAAGUAAUGAAAAAAAAAUCCCCUUUUGUACCAGCUUUAUCGUGGAAAGUGGCACAGAUCAAAGUAUCUGGCCAGAAAGUCAGUUUCACCCAACGAAAAGAUGGACCUUUUGAAAGGUAAGACCAUAUGAGAGGACUGAUUUCUGUCUCUACACACGCAAACACUUUAUCUAGAUGUUUGACUACAGCACUAAAAUGAUGUGUGAGAAUAGGUCUGGCUAUGUGAGAAUACGUUUGACGGUGCUGCUCCCUUGUAUUUCAUCCUUUACGCCACUCGGUGGAGAUGUGCAGACAUGACAGAGUCCUUUGGUACAUUGGACCUCGCUCAUCAAUCUUUUAAGUCAGUUGUGUUUGUAUAGCCCAAUAUUACAAAUUUGCCUCAAUGGGCUUAACAGCAAUACAACGUCCUGUCCUUAGUACGAACGGAUUUGUUCUUGCACACCCGUGGGAGUUUUUAGCCCUGAAGUUUGUCUCAGACCAGUGUAGAAUGUGGGUAACCUCUGAAUUUAGACACAAAUUUGCUAACACUGAUGUCUUUGCAGUGGCACAAUGGCACAGUGGUUAGCGCGGUCGCCUCACAGCAAGAAGGUUCUGGGUUCGAGCCCCGAGGUAGUCCAACCUUGGGGUCGUCCUCUGUGUGCACUUUGCAUGUUUAGUUUAAGUUUUAUUCAGUCACCCACAAUUAACAAAUGUUUACAAUACAAACAAUGUACUCAAAACAGUGACUGAAAAGGCACAGGCAGAAACAUAAUGCUUAUAUUUAAGCCUGUCCUUUAGGACAAAUUAAGCUACCCAUCAACAGUUUUUACAAGACCAAAAAAAGUUACAGUCUGUAGAAAAAAAUAAUGAAACAAAAUCAUAAAAAUAACACAAAAAACCUUUACAAAAUCAUGGACACUUGUAGCCCUCGAAAAUUGCUUUACAAACCAUCCUUUUGAAAAUCUGAAAUGUACUACACCUUCUUAAAUUAAUAUCAGCACCGUUCCAUAUUUAAACACCUAAAACAGAUAAACAUCUCCUUUUUAGCCUUUGGUACCGUAAAUUUACAGUCAUCUCUUAAACCAUACUUUGUCUCCUGAGAUGAGAAAAACCUUUGUGUGGUGACUGGGAGUAGAUUUGAUUUAGCUCUAUACAUUAUUUUCAUUGUUUUGUAAUAUACCAGAUCAUUAAAUUUCAUAACAUGCGAUUUCAUAAACAGUGGGUCAGUAUGUUCAUAAUAGCCAACCUUAUUAAUAAGUCUUAUGGCUCGUUUUUGUAAGAGAACUAUUGCAUCAACAGUUGUUUUAUACGUUGAUCCCCAGACUUCAACACAGUAUGAUAUAUAAGGAAGUAUGAGUGAGCAGUAAAUAAUAUGUAAAGCCUUAUAAUUUAAUGUUUCUUGAUUUAUACAGUAUUGCUAUUGCAGUAUUGCGAUCCUUCGGGUGUUCCGGUUUCCUCCCACAGUCCAAAGACAUGUAGGUCAGGUGAAUCGGCAGUACUAAAUUGCUCCUAGGUAUAAAUGUGUGUGUGUGUGUGUGUGUGUGUGUGUGUGUGUGUGUGUGUGUGUGUGUGUGUGUUCGUUCUGGGGGGGGGGGGGCUGUGUGAUGGCCUAGUGGCCUCUCCAGGGUGUCUCCCCACCUCCCGCCCAAUGACUGCUGGGAUAGGCUCCAGCAUCCCCGCGACCCUUAGAGCAGGAUAAGCUGUUCGGAUGGAUGGAUGGAUGGAUGAUGUCUUUGCAAGCCUGGGUGAUUGCUCGUUGCAAGAGGUAGACGAUAAGGAAUUACAAAUAACCAUCAGGCUUUGCUUCUGACUGUCAGACAAUGUUGAGCUGGGAAAAAAAAAACCCAUGGGUGUGUAAGAGCAAAUUUGUACAUACAAUUGAUGAAUGAGGCCCAAUACAUUUACCGUCAUGAAUGUUGUGCGCCCCCUGUUGUCAGUCAGCGUAUUUGAAUGAGAAUGGGUUAGUUGCCAAUUCUAACCCAACUCGAGUACACUGAGUGUGUUAUGUACUUUUUUCUAGGGUUAAUUCAUGUGACAUUUUGAAGAUGGUAAAGAUAAAUUUGUAAACUGGGUAGCAAAAUACCCCCAUUGCUGGAAGUCAACAUGUUAAAUAAAGCUAUGUCAGACAACCCCAAGAUGUUUGGCCGUGUGGGCUUCAGUAAUGGUUCCAUUUUGUUUUUUGUUUAAAACUUAUCCUGUAUAAACAUACACGUUUUUCUAAGGCUGUAGUGUAAUACACAGUAUAAGCUACUGGUAGGACUGUCCAUGUAGUGAACCAGAUUCAGCCAUAGCAACUUGUAUAAAACAUUUGAAAUAUGUCACAAUCUCUACAUUUUGGUCUAUGUCAACUACAGGCUGUAAAUGCUUUCACACCGUGGUCUUUAUUAUUCUUAAGAACACGAAUUUAAGGCUCUGCAGGUUGUAAAAGUUGAAAUCGGAACUAAAUUGUGUUGUUUAAUUUGUGUAGACUUUGUACCCAGGAUGCACCCCAACUUUUUGUCUUCCCCUUAGGCGAGUGUGAGUUUUGUUGUCACAAAAUAUGUUUUUGGACACAUAAUAACAUGUCUCCUCUGUUAUUAGUAAUGGUUAAUUUGUUCUUUGUUUUUCAUACUUCAUAAAUGGGCUCAAACUCAAGUGGCGCGCUCAUGUGGCACAUCAGAUGGGUAUUGCACUUCCUAAACAAGUCACUUAGCAGCUGUAGCUUAGAUCGAAUUAAACAUUCGUUCAUUCACUCCGGGGUCGGGUCAUGGUGGCAGCAAGCCAAGUAGGGCACUCCAGACGUCCCUCUCCCCAGCAACACCCUCCAGCUCCUGAGGGACUCCAAGGAGUUCCCAGGCCAGAUUGGACAUGUAGUCCCUCCAGUGAGUUCUAGGUCUAUCCCGGGGUCUCCUCCCUGUUGGCUGUGCCCGGAAAACCUCCAAAGGAAGGCAUCCAGGAGGCAUCCUAAUCAGAUGCCCGAACCACCUCAACUGGCUCCUUUCGACACAAAGGAGCAGCAGCUCUACUCCGAGCUC